AUGGCUCUUCAUACCUACACGACUACGUUGAUUUACGUCUUGUGUUCGGGUGCUUUGCUUUGUGUGUGUGCUGACGACGAAGGGCGUCCGGUUAUCCGUACGGAAUAUGGACCUGUGGUGGGACAAAGGACUACCUACAACAAUACAAAUUUGGACGUGUUUUACGGUAUUCCAUACGCAAAACCGCCCCUCGGUGACUUGAGGUUCCUGAAGCCACAACCCCCAACUCCUUGGGAAGACGCUUUGGACGCUACCCGUAAGCCAACAGCGUGCCGACAGAUUGAGCUCGUGUUUUCUAAAAAUGCUACAUUUAGCUACGCUAAUGCCUCCGAGGACUGUCUCUACAUCAAUGUUAUCAGGCCAACCUGCUCCAACUCAACAGCGUGCGAGAAGCCUCUGCCAGUCAUGGUCUACGUUCACGGAGGCGCAUUUCAGUGGGGAGACUCGAGCUUAGUGUUCUUCGAUGGACGAAAUUUCGUAGCUGCUACCGGAAUUAUACUGGUGUCAUUCAACUACCGUGUUGGAGUGUUCGGCUUCCUGUCUACGGAAACUAAAGAACUUCCGGGUAAUAUGGGCCUCUGGGAUCAAAACAUGGCAUUGAAGUGGGUCAAAAACAACAUCGCUAGUUUUGGAGGAAACUCCGAAGAAAUUACGUUGUGCGGGCAGAGUGCUGGAGGCAUGUCUGUUGGAGUGCACGCGCUCUCGCCUCACAGUAAGGGAUUAUUCAAAAGAAUUAUCAUGCAAAGUGGCACGCCGCUCUCCAGCAUCAUGUCGCAAUCGUACAGGGGCGUUAGCAGGCUGCUUACCCUCGCAGGACUCCUCGAUUGCUAUGACAGACAUAGGAACUGGAUGGAGCAACUUCAAGACAUGCUGGAUUGUCUCAGAACGAAAGACGCUGGUGAUAUCAUUGCCACGGUGAGGAGGCAAAAAUACACGCAACAAAUAUUUGUCCCAGUGGUGGGCGAUGAUUUUGUUCCUGAAGAACCAAGGCACAUGAACCCACUCGUUGUGAAUUCUGCUCAAGUGUUUGCUGGAACUACCCUAAACGAAGGUACUCUCCUGGUUGAGAAUUUGCGAUACAUCUCCCCCGGCCUUUUUGAGGCUCUCAUGGGAGACUACCGAAUGGGAAUCACUCUCGCCACUAGUGUACUAGGAGGACUUACCCUAAGCGAGAGCAAGAGAAUUGUUCACAGCUAUUACGGAGGAUACGAUGUUCAGCACAACAACCAGAAAGUGAUUGAACUCCUCGCCGAAAUGGUUGGAGAUGCCGUUUUCCACUGUCCCGCCCAUUUCUAUCUUUCAGCUGCUUCUCAAAAAGGAGUCAAAUCGUAUCGAUAUAUUUUUGCGCACAGACCAUCUUACAGUGUUUGGCCAGGGUGGAUGGGUGCCACUCAUACAGAUGACAUACCUUUUACUCUCGGUUCCUUACCACACAUAAAGGAGCAGUUUAUGAACCUCAGUUCACGGGAGACGUCGUUGGCAAGACUACUUGGCAUGAAUGACUUUACGUACACCCCAAGUGAGGAGCAGUUCUUGCACGAAGACCUCAUGAUUUGGAAAUCUUUCGUCGUGAGCGGGACACCAACAAUACCGUCAUCGGACGAUGCAUGGCCAGAGUACACUGGAAGCACGCCGAACUUGGUAUACCUGCGCCCUCAAAACUAUACCAAAGGUCCAGCCCCCAAGCACCACAGAUGCAUGAUCUGGAAGAAGUACUUAACGAGGGAUAAUGUACACAGCGAGGUAUCCACACCAAAGCUCGGGAAAGUGAAGCCGAGCAAGAGCCCCAAACAGAAGACGAAACGUGUGAAUGCAAUUGACGAUAACAUAGCGUCAAAGGCUGAAAUAGUCCUUCCUUCCACAAUCGUAUUUCUUAGCAUUUCUGUUAGCUCCAUUGUUUUGAGGUCGUUUGCGGCGUAG